AAACCUUUUUGAGGAGCUCUCCUGCGUUCAUUCAGUUGUCAUCAUGGCAGAAGAGGAUGAUGGCAUGGAAGCAUUUGAUUUCGACGAACGCGAUCUCGAAUUCGCGUUGAAUCCUGGAGCUCGACGUCAUUUCCAAACCAAGAACCAAGCAACAUAUGGUAUCUGGGCUGAUAAGGAAGAGAGCGACGAGGAAGAUGCUUAUGCAAGGCCAUCGUUUGGCAAAAAGGCAAGGAAGGAUUACACGGCGCCUAUCAAUUUUGUUAGUGGUGGUAUAAAGCAAGGGGAUACUGUGAAGAAAACUGGAAAAGAAGAGAAGAUAAAAAUGGAGGAGGUAGAUGAUACUCCGAUCGAGAUCAACUUCAAGAAAGAGCGACGAAAGCAGGCAAGGGCUGGUGCUAAUGUAUUUGCAGGAAUGCGCACUUCUGCUGUCAGAAGUGCUGUCGAUCCCAAUGCAGCUGGAGACUGGACAAAAUUUGGCAAAGGAGAUGUAGUCAGAAAGAUGAUGCAGGCUAUGGGUUACAAAGAGGGUGAAGGUCUCGGCGUUUCCGGACAAGGAAUUGUUGAACCUGUGCAGGCCACUGUUCGUAAAGGACGUGGUGCUGUAGGAGCUUACGGCAAGGAAGCCAUAGGGCCAAGAUUUGGCGAAACAGCUGCCGAAGCCCAGCGUCGAGAAGCCAGCGAACGUGAGUCGGGCAUAGUAAUAGAAGAACAGCCAUCAACCCCACAGUUGAAAACUGCUUGGAAGAAAGCAUCGAAGGUAAAAACUCGCUACAAGACGCUGGAUGAGGUCAUAGAAGAAGGAGGUUCUAUCGGAUUCCGUUCUGCGGUGCAGACCGGAGUAAAAGUUAUUGAUAUGACCGGUCCAGAACAACGAGUGUAUAGUGGAUAUGAUUCUUUCUCUAUGAAAAGCAGACCGUCGUUCAACGAUAUUAGUGAUCGCGAGAACUUCGAUGUGCCUGAGCUGAUGCAUAAUUUGAAUUUGCUUGUUGAUUUGACAGAGGAGAGCAUCCGAAGGAAUGACCACCAGCUAAAAACAAUCAAGGACCGAACAACGGCUUUGGAUUAUGACCUCAAGCAGGCGAAAGAAAUGCUUGAAAGUGAAGAGAAAGCUAGCGAAAAGAUCAAGGAAGUGUAUGAACUGAUUGAGAAUUUCGCUAAGCGGAAAGGUGGAGAAGCUCCUUCAAUCAACGACUGUCAAGCUUUGUUUACAAAAUUGCGGACAGAAUACAAAGAGGAGUAUCAUAUGUUCAACAUAGAAGCACUAGCAGUCCCACUGGUCCUUCCACAGAUUACAGAAUACUUUUCAAAAUGGCGACCGCUUGAUCCCGACCACCUUAUCUACGGUGUGGAUUUGAUGAAGGAGUGGCGCGAUAUUUUGGUGGAUAACGAAAAUACAUCGAUGUUCACAGAUCGUCUGACUGCCUACGACAGGCUUCUGUGGGAAGGAUGGCUACCGUCACUUCGGCGUGCCUCUUUGGACUGGGAUCCUCGAGAUCGCAUGGAGCCGAUGUUGCGGAUUAUCGAGAUGUGGUUGCCUGUCCUUCCAGAAUGGAUGAAGGAGAAUAUUUUAGAACAGGUGAUAAUCCCACGAAUCAGUGACAGAGUGUCAUCAUGGGAUCCACUUACGGACAGCGUUCCCAUCCACUCAUGGCUCGUGCCUUGGUUGGCGGUCCUUGGUGAUCGUUUACAGCCCGUUUUGGCACCUAUUCGGCAGAAGUUGGCCAAGGCAUUGAGGUUGUGGAGCCCUACGGAUCACAGUGCUAUGGCUAUACUGAAGCCAUGGUGUGGAGUUUGGACGCCAGCAACGAUGUCGGCGUUCUUAGCGCAGAAUGUGGUGCCAAAGCUAGAAAAGUGUCUCGACACAAUGAACUUGAAUCCGAGAGAGAACAAAAAGUACGAAGAAUGGUACUCAUGUAUGUCCUGGAUAGGCAUGAUCUCACCGGAUACCAUGGCCAGCAUCGUGACGAAGUAUUUCUUCCCUAGAUGGUAUGCUGCUCUCUGUCAGUGGCUUGAUUCUCCUCGAGCGAUCUUGAAUGAAGUGAAGAUGUGGUAUAGAGAGUGGGAACAGCGGAUUCCACCACAAAUUCGGGAUUACCCGACUAUCAAGGAAAACCUUCGAAGAGGGAUGGUGGCGCUCAUGGAAUCUUCACAAGGGCUGCGAGUAUCUACUGGACCACCACCACCACCACUUGCACAAGCGGUGCCUCCUCCCCCUCCUCCAGUGGCCAUGAGGUCUGGUCUUGGUGCACCUAUAAACCCUCAACUGUCGCUGAAGGAAAUCCUCGAGAGAAUGGCUGCUCAGCAUGACCUCACACAUAUUCCACAACGUGAUCGUUUCAAGGAAGGUAGACAGGUUUAUUGGUUUGGAACACAAUCAAUCUACCUGGACCGAAAUAUUGUGUAUGUGUUGGAUACGCAUUCAUUUUCUUGGAGACCCGUGGGAAUGGAAGAAUUAUUGCAGCUGGCUGGUGUUCAAUAAAUUAUUGCGUUUUUCUACUACAGUCACUGUGUCUUUGAGCGUACAAACUCGUGCCCAUACUUAGAGAUUUACUGAACCAGAUGCACUGAUUAUUUUAGUGUCAUCAAGUCCCAUAUCUUAUAGUGUUUAUGAUGUUUACUACCUUUCUACUUCGCGUAAUAUAGAAUCUGUUGUAGAGGCUA